AUGGGUAAUACCAAGAGCGGCGCUGUAUCCAACGAGCUCCUGGAGGAGUUGAAGCUCAACACCAGGUUCACGGAGUCGGAGAUAGCCCAGUGGUACGAGAACUUCCAGAAGGAAUGCCCAACGGGUCGCAUCACUAAAGAGGAAUUCCAGUCCAUCUACACCAAGUUCUUCCCCGACAGCGACGCCCAGACGUACGCCCAGCACGUCUUCCGCUCAUUCGACACCAACGACGACGGCACGCUGGACUUCAAGGAGUACAUCAUCGCUAUCCACAUGACAUCAACAGGGAAGACCACCACGAAACUGGAGUGGGCCUUCUCACUGUUUGACGUGGAUAAAAACGGAUACAUCACCAAGGCGGAGGUCAAGGAGAUCUGCUUGGCCAUUUUUAAGCUGAUUCCUAAAGAAGAGCAAAGGCAACUUCCCAAUGAAGAGAACACAGCUGAGAAGAGGGCAGAAAAACUCUGGAGCUUCUUUGAAAAGGGAGAUAAUGACCGAGUGGCCGAGGGAGAGUUUAUACAGGGAGUGAUGGAGAAUGAGGAAGCCCUUCGUUUGAUUCAGUACACCCCCUCAAAGUGA